AUGGCCAUCUCAGUUAUAACCAGCGCGACGAAAGACCAUCGACCAGAGCUUAUCAGACGCGUUCGUGGACAGACAAUCGAAGUCCCAGAUUUGCUGUUGAUCUACGCUGGCUGGAUUGUGCAGAAACACGACACCACAGACCAACUCCGUCACAAUCUCGAAGAAUGGCUUAAGACAUAUGUGCCGACCGAGAAGGAACGCACGAAGCAACGUAAAGUCGACAGUGCUUUCUGCGCCGGACAUUUUUUCGGCCGAGUGCCCACGGACAGAUUCAAGAUCCUCGGGUCUCUAGUAGCCUGGUUUUUUUUCUGGGACGACGAAGUCGACUGCGGAUCUCUAACUGAGGACCGUGAGAAAGCCGAAGCGUACUGCGAUGAUGCCAUGACUUUCAUUCGAAGUUGCCUCCAGCCAAACAUGUACAAUGAACCUCCGGCUCCAGGGCGGUUGCACAACUCUGGACCCUUUGUUGAGAUUGGAAGGGCCAUGCAGACGGGUCAAUCGAUGGAAGACCGGGACAGGUUCGCGCGAUCGCUUUACGACGUGGAGGACUAUAUUGAAGGUCGACUCGUGUCUGUUGCGUGUGAGCCAUGCCUCACAAUCAUGGCAUGGGCCUACGAGCUGUCGCUACCCUCGUGGAUAUGGAAGCACGAAGCAACUCUACGCCUUUUUCGUGAGGUUUCGAUGGGCUCCUUUCUUUGCAACGACAUCGCCUCGCUUAAGAAAGAGAUCGACGACAACGAGAUCGACUCCCUCGUGCCCAUCUUGAUCUACCACGAGGGCCUUACCGCUCAAGAGGCUAUUGACAGGGUGUCUAACAUGGCUGUGCUCUCGUGGCAAGAUCUCCUUGAUGCGGAACAACGUCUGAGGAUAGCGGUUGGCGGAGAAACUGAACGAGUGCAGCGCGACGUCGAGCUUUUGAUCCGUGGUUGCAAGGAUAUCCUUGUCGGAGGGCUUAUUUUCACCUUCCACGCUCCCAGGUAUCUUCCAAAGACUGCAUUCGAUCGGGACGGGCGCAAGUUCAAGGUUGUGUUGUAA